ACAUCUCUAGAAUUCACAAAAUAAAACAAAAAUAAUUGUUUAACACAAAACUAAAACACCGUGGAGCAAAUAAAUGGACUAUAUGUAUUGCGGCACCGAUCGCGCCCCUGAAAAUAUUUUAAGUGUCUACGAUGCUACGGGGCCAGCCCGCGGAUCGUCUGGUCACUUCUCACCAAGCUUUAAUGGCUUCAACAUUGGGACAACUGACCCGGAUUAUGUGGAGCUAGUACCCGUAUUGGCCGAUGGCGGAGAGCAUUAUGGAGUCUCGAGCGUGGCGUUUGAUGACUAUGAAGAGCUCCUCUGGAUGGGAAAUCAGGGUGGACACGUUACCUCGUACUAUACCAGUUCCAUGCAAAAGUACACCUCAUUUCAAGUGCAUACAAGCGAUAUCGUACGUCAAAUCGCUACUUUGGAUUCGGGUGUGCUAGCCUUGACACAGACCUCGCUGCGUCAUCAAAUAAGACGAGGUCUACCCAAGUUUACCCACAAAUCCAAUAAUAUGGUGGAAAUGGUGUGCAUGUUGCAGCUAUCUCCUCAUCGCUUGGUCAUGGCUGGUUUGCAGGAGGACCUCAUCGAUUUCGAUUUGCGUACACUUAAAGAGACACGACUGGAGCAUGUUGGUGCCGCUGGUUGCACGGUAUUACGCAAGAAUUCUCGUUUCCUAUUUGCCGGCGAUCAGUUUGGAACGGUGACAUUGCGGGAUUUGAAUAGCCUCAGUGUCCAGCAUACUAUUAAAACCCAUACAAAUGUUCUGUCGGAUUUUAGUGUACAGGGAAACUUGCUAAUUUCGUGCGGCUACAGUGGCAGGCAAAAUAAUCUGGCCAUAGAUCGUUUCCUAAUGGUCUAUGAUUUGCGAAUGCUCCGUCUCAUAUCCCCCAUACCGGUACUUAUUGAUCCGCAAAUGCUUAAAUUCCUGCCAUCACUUACGUCCCGGCUGGCCGUCGUAUCCAGCUAUGGCCAAAUACAAUUGGUCGACACAGUAGAGUUAAGCGAGCCCCGUGUGUCCAUGUAUCAAAUCAACACGAAUGGUAGUCAAUGUCUAAGCUUUGACAUUAGCUCCUCAUCCCAGGCAAUGGCCUUUGGCGACCAAUCGGGUCACAUUAAUAUAAUUGCUUCCAUACAGACGCCACAGCCACAGUUUAAUGCGUUCUCCCGGAAUACUGAAUUCGCAGAUGUGGUGCCGUCAUUGCCCAUGGUGUCCAUAACAGAUGCAAAUUUUCCUCUAUCAUCGGUUAUGUUGCCUCAUCUAACGACAGGCACAAGCUGGUUCUCCGACUGGCCGGAGGAGCUGCUGCAUUAUAGCUAUCGUAGGCCGAAGACGAUUGAUCCCGAGGUUCUCAAUAAUAUGAAAAUGCAAGGACCCAUUGGCUAUUCGCCGAAUCCACGUACAGCGCGACGAAACCAAAUACCCUAUGUGAUGGAACAAGUUGGUACUGGCAUGGGUGCAAUUCCUAAUGCAAAUGGUGUGGCGCCGACCACAAAGACAGAAAACGGCGUCAAAAUCAUUCCAAGACGAUAUCGAAAAGUCGAGCUUAAAUACUCGAAAUUGGGCACCCAGGAUUUCGAUUUCGAGCAGCAUAAUCAGACAUGCUUUGCUGGCCUGGAGGCAACCUUACCAAACUCCUAUUGCAAUGCCAUGUUGCAGAUUCUCUAUUUUACGGAAUCGUUGCGCAUAAAGUUAAUUGAACAUUCCUGCUCUAAGGAGUUUUGUUUGUCUUGUGAAUUGGGUUUUUUGUUUGAAAUGUUGGACAAAAGCAAUGCCUCUACACCUUGCCAAGCCAGCAAUUUUCUUCGUUCUUUUCGCACUGUGCCGGAAGCUUCCGCCCUGGGUUUGAUUCUAACAGAUCGCUCGUCCAAUGUAAACCUCAUUAGUCUUAUACAGAACUGGAAUCGCUUUAUUUUGCAUCAAAUGCACUAUGAAAUUUUUGACUCCAGCAAGAAUUCUUCGGUCUUAAGCGGCAGUUUGCAUGCUGAAUAUCCAGGAACACCUGAAAAUAAUCAAUCGUCUGAUUUGUAUGAUUCCAUUUGUGAUGAUAGCGCCAAGGAUGAUGAACGAGAGCGCAGCAAAAUCAAUGCCGAAACAGAAAUUAGUAAAAUAUUUGGAACCAAACAGAUUUGUAUAAAUCGCUGCAUUAAAUGCCACGUAGAGAAAUCAAAAGAUAACAUCCUUUUGGCUUGCAAUAUGUCGUAUCCCACACAUAUAAAGGACACGGAGCAGUAUUUUAAUUUUGGCACCAUUCUUAAAAGGUCACUCAGUACAGAGAAGAAUAUUCAAGCGUUUUGCGAGAACUGUAAAAAAUUUUCACCUACCAAUCAGAGUGUUAAGGUCACCGCCUUGCCGCAAAUGUUGGCCAUCAAUUGCGGUUUGAAUAAUGACAAGGAUAUUAGCUUUUUGAAACGUCAACUUAAUCGAGUCAUUGAGAAACCCACAACUGAAUUGGUAACAUCGUUAAGCACAAGCAAACCAUGUCGUUAUGGCAUCAAUUGUUCUCGUAGUGAUUGCCACUUUAUGCAUCCAGAUCGAAAAUCCCCUUCCCAUACAAGUCAAACAAAUAAUGUGCAAAAUUCGCCAAGUGGAAGACAAAAGCCAUGGUUUCCAUUGGCCUUUAGCAUGGGCAUUACGGAUCAGGGUGAACUCCAAGUGCACUCGCAAUCAGAUUCGUGUAAAACUGAUCAAGAUAUCGAUGAACCCGAACCGGCUUCCAUGAGCGGUGAAAUCAAUCGCUCGUAUGCUCUGCAUGCCGUUGUCUGUCAAAUCGAUGAUGGCUCUCAAAAGAAUUUGGUCUCAUUGAUUAAUGUGCAGCGUUCGUAUCAUCUAACGAAAUCAGUGAAUAUGGAAUCGGCAGAGGAACUGCAAUCGCAAUGGUAUAUAUUUAACGAUUUUAGCAUAUCACCCGUAUCGCCGCAGGAAUCGGUUUGGUUCACACUGGAUUGGAAAGUGCCUUGUGUACUUUUCUAUGGCACCACCGAUGAUGAGACGGACUCGUGCAGUAGUUCAAGCUCAACAGUUACCCAGACAGAGGAACCAUUACUCGGCGCCGGGGAGGGCGUCAAUGAUUCUAUAAAUCCAUUUUUACAAGAUAUUCUAAAUCCUGUGUCUAGCAACUUGAGUUCGGAUGCAACAUUUAAGCCUUUAGACUCAUCUGAAAUGCCAAAGGCAGGAGAUUUGGUUGCUAUGGAUGCGGAGUUUGUUACUCUUAAUCCGGAAGAGAAUGAAAUUCGUCCGGAUGGCAAAACUGCGACCAUUAAACCAUGCCACAUGAGCGUCGCCCGUAUCUCAUGUAUUCGUGGACAAGGACCCAACGAGGAAGUUCCCUUUAUGGAUGAUUAUAUCUCGACGCAAGAAAAAGUUGUUGAUUAUCUAACACAAUACUCGGGAAUCAAACCAGGCGAUUUGGAUGCAAAUUUCAGUAAUAAACGAUUAACUGCCUUGAAGUACUCAUACCAGAAAUUAAAAUAUCUUGUCGAUGUAGGCGUCAUAUUUGUGGGACAUGGAUUAAAGAAUGAUUUUAGAGUUAUCAAUAUAUAUGUGCCGUCUGAGCAGAUUAUCGAUACGGUUCAUCUUUUCCAUUUGCCCCAUCAUCGUAUGGUCUCGCUGCGAUUCCUGGCGUGGCACUUUUUGGGAACGAAGAUUCAAUCCGAAACCCAUGAUUCCAUCGAGGAUGCCCGUACCACACUCCAGCUCUAUAAACACUAUUUGGAAUUACAGGCUGAUAAAAAGUUUACAACGGCAUUAAUUAAUCUUUAUGAACGUGGGAAACAGCUGCAAUGGAAGGUGCCUGAAGACUAAAUUUACAAUAAACGAAAAGAAAAAAAUGUAACACAUGAGAAAAAAUUGCGUGAAAUUCACAAUGAAAGUAAUCGUCAGUACAAAAACUAAAAUAUGAUACACCAGAUCCGUGGACAAAAUAUGCAGCCUUCAUUUUAUUUUAAAAUAAUAUUUAUAUUU